AUGUCUGAUGACAAGACAGUAGUGCUCGUGACUUCGGCUGUUGGCUUAGGGGUCGUUGCGAUACUUUCCGUCCCUACCGCCCUGAAUCUGGGUAGACUGCGUAGUCGUGCUUCGAAGUGCGCGACCGAAAUCUACGAGGAUAAGGAUGGCAAAAGCACGCCGGAGGCCAUCAAGGCCUUCAGCACUAAGGUGCCCAAGGCCGUGAUGCUGGGGUUCUCCCUAAUCGGGUUCGGCUUGUCGAUAGCGCUAGCUGUGAUCUCGACGUUGGGCACGCAAGGAGUAGAAAGCGGCUUGUUCCUAGCAAAUUGGUUGGCCGUUAUAAUUUGGGCUCUUUUAACCAUGCAGGUCGUCUGCGUCGCGGCUAUCCGAGACUCUGUAGUCGCUUACGGUCUAGGCAUUUGGUCUUUUUUCUCAUGCGUCGUUCUCACCGCUGUUCUCGCGGCUCAGGACAACGAUGUAGCCGCGCUUCUACUAAAGCAACGUGCUAGCGGGGUGUUUUCUAUACGCGUAGUAGAAUUGGUUGUGGCUCUGUGUUUGGCUGUUGCCAGCUUAUCCAUUCCCCGACGACCUGACGUAUACUACAACGGCCAGCUAGUCGAUAGGCUGUAUACCGAGUCAGCAUGGAGCAUGCUUAACUGGAGCUGGCCUGCUUACCUGCUUCGCCAGGCUUCCAAGCAGAACGGUCUCGAUUUAGCUGAUCUUCCCAGGCCCGACCACUACACGAGAUCUAAAGAAACUACUGCCGACUGGGAAAGCCGGAAGUUCACUGGCCCGCUUUGGAUUUCUAUCAUCGCUGCUCACAAGUGGAUUUUCACGCUUCAAUGGUUAUUAACUAUACUCACCGCAUUCCUCAAUCUGGCACCCCAGUGGGUUGUCUUGCAAUUGCUUAACCUCUUGGAGCAGCGCCAGGACCACGAGCGCCUCGGUUACGAUGCCUGGGUUUGGGUCAUCUUGAUUGCCGUAGCCGUUCUUGCUCAAUCAUGGGUCGAGGCGUACGUCUACUGGCUAUCGUGGGCGCAGAUAGCCGUGCCGAUUCGUGCCCAGUUGUCUGCGCUCAUCUUCCAAAAAUCUAUGAGACGUAAAGAUGUCAAGGAAGCUAGCAAGAAACAGAAGAAGGUUGCUGCAGCUGCUUCGGGAUCGACUGUACCGAACAUCGCUGGGCCGAUAGGAGAGUCGUCUACCACUAACAGACCAGAUCUCGAAGACUUCGAAGAAGAGGAUGAGGCCGAACAGAUUAAAAAGAGCAAGCAGAGUACUGUCAAUUUGAUAGGCGUCGAUGCCAAGCGGGUAUCGGAUUUUGCUGCUUUCAAUAACAUCUUUGUAGGGAGUCUCUUUAAGCUGAUCGUAUCGCUACUCUUCCUUGUAGAACUUCUUGGAUGGAAGGCCCUUCUUGCGGGUUUCUCGACUAUGCUGGCCGUCACUCCUCUUAACAUUUACUUCUCGAAGCGAUACUCGGAUGCCCAGGACCGCCUAAUGAAAGUACGAGACGAGAAGAUGGAUGUCGUCUCGGAAGCUCUCCAGGGAAUCCGCCAGAUCAAAUUCUCCGCACUCGAGCCGCAAUGGGAGAAAAAGAUCAGCGACGUCCGAGAACGAGAAUUAUCAUGCGUCUGGAGCGCCUUUACAAACGACGUCAUGCUCAUCGGAUGUUGGAUUACGAGCCCAAUCAUGCUCGCAGCCGUGUCUCUCGCCGUCUAUGCAUCCCUGCACGGUGCAUUGUCACCCUCGGUCGCUUUUGUCAGUCUUGGCGUUUUCAAAGCACUUGAAGUUACCCUAUCCGUUAUCCCCGAACUGACGACCGAUCUCGUCGAUGCUUGGGUCUCUGUGAAGCGCAUGGACGCCUAUCUGAGAGGCGCAGAGGUUACGAAGAUCACUAAGGAAGCAGAUGAGGUUACAUUCGACAACGCGUCUAUCGCUUGGCCUUCGGACAACCAGGAGGAUGACGAGGAGGACCCCGAUCGAUUCGUUUUACGCGAUGUUAACAUUACAUUUCCUAGAGGCGAACUAUCCGUGAUAUCAGGGAAGACUGGAAGCGGGAAGAGCUUGAUGCUUGCAGCUAUUCUAGGUGAAGUCGAUAUUCUAACUGGAUCUAUCAGCGUGCCUCGAGUACCGUCCCAACGUCACGAUCAGAAAGCGAAUAGGGACAACUGGAUCAUCCCCAGUGCUGUCGCCUUCGUCGCGCAAAUACCCUGGAUCGAAAAUGCGACUGUUAAGGAAAAUAUCAUAUUUGGGUUGCCAUACGAUGCAUACCGAUAUAAUAAGACCAUCGAGGUCUGCGCUCUCACGAAGGACCUGGAAAUGUUUAGCGACGGAGAGAAUACGGAGAUUGGUGCCAACGGCAUUAACCUCAGUGGUGGACAGAAAUGGCGAAUUACCCUUGCACGUGCUAUUUAUUCCCGUGCCGGCAUACUCGUUCUGGACGACAUCUUCAGUGCUGUUGAUGCUCACGUUGGUCGUCAUAUUUUUGAAAAGUGCCUCAAUGGCGAGCUCGGUGUCGGACGAACAAGGAUCCUAGUCACACAUCAUGUAGCCCUGUGCGAACCAAAGACGAAGUACCUCGUCGAGCUGGGAAAUGGACGAGUACUGAACGCUGGACUCGUUUCGGAGCUGCAGCAAACCGGAACUCUGGAGCAGAUUAAGAGUCACGAGCAGACAGAUCAGGAGUUCCGAGACGACGAGGGCUCUACCGCAAUAGAUUCUGAAGAGACGUCUCAAGUGGACAUCGAACCUAACGGAGAACCUCUAGCUAAGAUCCCCUCGAAGGCGCAAGCACGUAAGUUUGUUGAAGAGGAGACGCGCGAGAAAGGAGCCGUUAAAGGAAAAGUGUAUGCGGUAUACCUGACUUACAGCGGUUCCUGGUGGUUCUGGUCUAUCGUCGUCGUCCUAUUUCUAUUCGUGCAAGCUCUAACUGUAGGACGCUCGUGGUGGCUACGAAUAUGGACUGGGUCAAACGAAGAACACCAACAGACUAUCGAAGCGCAAGCAGAGAAGCAUGCUUACGCAUACCAGUUCAAUGUACAACAAUUCACGAUGGGCAGCAUGGUCCGACCGAUGGUCACGAUCGAGUCAAGCCAGAGUCUAGGAUACUACCUCGGUAUCUACGUCUUCCUCUCCACUUUCACAUCCCUUGUCUCGACGUACCGUUUCUACUACAUUUUCCGUGGCUCGAUACGUGCCUCCAGACAGCUCUUCGCCAAGCUCAACUUUGUAGUACUCCGAGCACCGUUGCGGUGGUUAGAUACGGUUCCCCUGGGCAGGAUCUUGAACAGAUUCACAGCGGAUUUCCACUCUGUGGACACUCACAUGGCAUAUUCAAUGGCGUUUGCAGCGAGCGCACUACUAAAUCUCGUCGGUGUUAUUGUCGCUAGCUUGUUUGUUACACCCGUGAUUAUAAUCGCUGCAUUUUUCCUUCUCGCUGUUUGUGCGUUCUACGCACUUCGCUAUCUUGAUGGAGCUAGGCCGGUAAAACGACUCGAAUCCGUCACCAAAUCUCCAGUAUUUGAGCAAUUCGGUUCGGCCUUAACCGGCGUCCAGACGAUCAGGUCAUUCGAUAAGAGCCAGACCUACAUUGAACGUAUGUAUACGAAACUGGACGACUGGACUGUGGCAACCUGGCAUCUUUGGUUAUUCGUCCGCUGGAUGGGAUGGCGAAUGGCACUAGUGGGGAGCUUCUUCGCUUCAUUCGUCGCCAUCUUAAUCCUCAUAGCCCCCGAGAUAGACGCGGCCCUCGCCGGUUUCGGGUUGGCAUUCGCACUCGAAUUUUCGGGUCACGUCAUGUGGACGAUCCGCCACUACGCCAAUGUCGAGCUGGAGAUGAACGCGGCAGAGCGAAUUGUUGAAUACACAGAAUUACCAACAGAGAGCCUCGAGGGUGCCAGCCCACCAGCAGCCUGGCCGACAGAAGGCCGCGUUGAGGUGGAUGAUCUCGUGGUCGGCUAUGCGGACGACCUACCACCCAUACUUAAAGGUCUCAGUUUCACCAUCGAGCGCAACCAGCGCGUCGGCGUAGUCGGCCGUACUGGCGCAGGCAAAUCUUCUUUAACGCUCGCGUUCUUCCGUUUCCUCGAGGCGCGAUCAGGAAGUAUCUGCAUUGAUGGACUCGAUAUCUCUAAGAUCAAGCUACAUGAUUUGCGCAGCAGGCUGGCUAUUAUUCCUCAGGAUCCGGUCCUAUUUAGCGGUACCGUGCGCUCAAACCUCGACCCCUUUGAUAACCACACCGACGCCGAGCUUUUCGACUCACUAGCGCGCGUGCAUCUCAUCACCGAGCACAAAGGCGAGAACAACAACGUCAAUGGCAAUGGAACAGCAACAGACACGCCCACCACCAGCGGGACAUCCACCCCAGCGUCUAAUAGUGGCCGGGAAAAGAAGAACACUAACAUUUUCUGUAACCUAUACUCUCCUAUAUCUGAGGGCGGCCUUAACCUGUCUCAAGGUCAGCGUCAGCUACUAUGCCUCGCGAGAGCGAUAGUUUCGCGACCCAAGGUUAUGGUGCUAGAUGAGGCAACGAGCGCUGUAGAUAUGACUACGGACGCAUUAAUUCAACGCAGCAUCCGCGAGGAAUUCGGUGACAGCACACUGGUGGUUAUUGCGCACCGCUUAAGCACCAUCGCCGACUUCGACCGCAUCCUCGUACUCAGCGACGGUAAGGUAGCCGAAUAUGGCGCACCCCAAGAACUAUGGGAGCUUCAAGGCAAGGAAGAAGGCGGUAUGGGCAUGUUCCGCGCUAUGUGCGAGCAGAGUGGUGAGAAGGAACAUCUCCGACAGAUCGUGUACGGAGAGGCUUGA